CGGAUCCGUUACAUUGGUGCAGUCGGGGUCCGGAUCCGUUACAUUGGUGCAGUCGGGGUCCGGAUCCGUUACAUUGGUGCAGUCGGGGUCCGGAUCCGUUACAUUGGUGCAGUCGGGGUCCGGAUCCGUUACAUUGGUGCAGUCGGGGUCCGGAUCCGUUACAUUGGUGCAGUCGGGGUCCGGAUCCGUUACAUUGGUGCAGUCUGGGGUCCGGAUCCGUUACAUUGGUGCAGUCGGGGUCCGGAUCCGUUACAUUGGUGCAGUCGGGGUCUGGAUCCGUUACAUUGGUGCAGUCGGGGUCCGGAUCCGUUACAUUGGUGCAGUCGGGGUCCGGAUCCGUUACAUUGG